AUGGCCCCCUCCGCCGUGGAGACCGCGCAGCAAACGGUCGAAACCAUCAAGCAGAAGGUGUUGACGCACAAUGACAAGCCCCAGACGAUCUCGCUCAGCGGACUCCCUGAGGAGCCCCUGCCCGAGCGUCUCGAGGGCCACAAGGAGCCCCUGAAGCUGUCGGGUGCUUUGGACAAGUUCGAGCACUUCGACGUGACUCCCGUCAUUGGCCGCGAGUAUGCCAACGUCGACCUGGCUGAGCUGCUGUCCGCGCCCAACUCGGAUGAGCUGCUGCGGGACUUGGCUAUCACCAUUUCCCAGCGCGGUGUGGUCUUCUUCCGCAAGCAAGACAACCUCACCGAUGACCUGCAAAAGGUGUUGGUCGACCGGCUAGGCAAGCUGUCGGGCAAGCCGUCAACGUCCGGUCUCCAUAUCCACCCCAUCAGCAACGCGGCGCGCGAUCACGGCGGCAAGGACAACGAGAUCAGUGUGAUUUCUUCCCAGCAGAACAAGAGACUAUAUGCGCACAGGUCCCAGGGUGCUCUCGGCGCCGGCCGUUGGCGCCAGAACGGCAAACGGGAGUGGCACUCGGACAUUACGUUUGAGCCGGUCCCGAGUGACUAUGCGCUGCUGCGGCUGACUGAGCUGCCCAAGACUGGUGGUGACACCCUCUGGGCCUCCGGCUACGAGCUCUACGACCGCAUCUCCCCACCCCUGCGCGCCUUCCUCGACACCCUAACAGCCUACUACGCCCAACCACUCUUCAACGACGCAGCCAAGCGCAACAACUUCGACCUCUACACCGCUGAGCGCGGCGCGCCCGAGAACGUCGGCGAGGCCCUCGAAGCCGUGCACCCAGUCAUCCGCACCAACCCCGUCACAGGCUGGCGUUCCGUCUUCGCCGUGGGCCACCACGUUUCCCGCAUCCACGGCCUCUCGGACGAAGAGAGCAAGCACUUUUUGGAUUGGUUUGUGGAGCUUGUUGCCCAGAACCAUGAUCUGCAGGUGAGGUUCCGGUGGAAGGACGUGAAUGAUGUGGCGAUCUGGGAUAAUCGGAGUGUAUUCCAUGCGGCGACCCCGGAUUAUGUGUUUGAGGAAGGGCUGGGUGAGAGGAGGGGCAGUCGGGCGGUUAGUUUGGGGGAGAGGCCGUACUUUGACCCGGCGAGUACGAGCCGGAGGCAGGCGUUGCGGAAGGAGGCGCAGGCUUAG